CGUCAUCCUCCCAGAAGAUUCCAGCUCAACCCAACGGGCUGUUACCGCCUUACCCAAAAUUCACUAUAAAUAUUCCCCAUUGGCUUUCUCAAUCUUUUCACCCUUCUUUCCAUUUGCUUUCGAUCUCUUUCACGCGUUCUUAGUCCCUUCGCCUUCUGAUUUUCGGUUGUCCGGUUCCGUUUAAGCUUUCAUCCAAACAAGGUUCAUGGUUGAAUUAGACUUCCAGAUCCCAUCUGCAUUUGAUCCAUUCGCCGACGCCAAGGAUUCGGAUGCCCCCGGAACGAAAGAGUAUGUUCAUAUUCGGGUUCAGCAGAGGAAUGGCAAGAAAUGCUUAACUACAGUUCAGGGUCUGAAGAAAGAGUUCAGCUACGAGAAGAUCCUCAAGGACGUGAAGAAGGAAUUCUGCUGUAAUGGUAAUGUUGUGCAAGACAAAGAAUUGGGGAAGAUAAUUCAACUACAGGGCGAUCAGCGGAAGAACGUCUCUCAGUUCCUUGUUCAAGCUGGUCUUGUCAAGAAGGAUCAGAUCAAGAUUCAUGGGUUUUAGUUGCUUUCUGUUUCCUGUUUUAUGCUCUUGAAGUGUUUUAAGGAGUCUGUGUGUUCCUGUUGGUUUGGUCUCUUCUCUCUUUCUUUCAAUGGAUUGUGUUCUGGUGUGUGAUAAUGGCAACUUAUUAUCAAUGAAGUGUUUGAUUUUGGGUAUUUGCCUUGAAA